AUGGCUGCGCCUGGCUUCGGCCAGACGCACGACCCCUUUGCCGAUUUGUCCAAGUACGACGAAGAGCUGGAAGCAUUGAAUUUUGAGGAUACGUAUGAUGGCCUUGGCGAUAAGCUCGACGAGACCGACGACGCGUUCAACGACGAUACUUUUGGUGGCGAAGAUGCCUUCUCGUCUGCUCCGGUUGGCAAGGAUUUUGACUUCUUUGGUGCUACAUCCAAGGUCGCCGAUGCUAUGGAGGAGGAGCAUGCUCGUUUCAGCCGCCAUCAGCCUUUCGGGAAGGCUCCCUCUUCCGCGAGCCAUGCUGCAGCAACUGGCUCUUAUCACGGAUAUGCGCCUUAUCCUACGGCCCAGAAGGCCACUCGCAGUGGUUACGAGAAAUAUCAGGAUCCAGAGCCUGUCGCUGAUCUCCAGGUUGAUGCUUCCAUCUGGGGCACGGCGCCCAAGCAACCGACCCCUGCCGCCCAGCCAGCACCACAAGCUGCCAGUCGCAAGGUCAUGAGCCUCGAGGAGGUCGAGGCAGCAAUGCGUGCCCAGUCUGCACCCAAGGCCACGCCCGUCCAGCAGCCUCCUCAGGGUCACUACCAGACUCAGCAGCCGCACCUUCAGCAUCCUCGCCAAGAUUUUACCGAUAUUCGUUACGCCCAGCAGGAGCAGCUUCAUGCCCAAGGCUUCCCUGCUCACGAUACUCGACAGUCUCAGCAACCUCAGAUGGGAGGUCCGCAUGGUCAUCCGAUCACCAUUCUGCAGCGACCGUCAUCCAAGCAUGCCGCGCCGACCGUCCCCAGCCCACUGGCACAGCCGGCAGACUCUCCUGCACAGCACCACCAGCCUACGGUUACACCCACUCAAAUCCUGCAGAACCCCAAUCGCUUGUCGGGUGAUGCUGCGCGUCUCGGACAACCUUCUCACAAAGCACAAAACUCCUUCUCUCGCCAGGGACCAGCCGUGCCUGCAGGCCAAUUGGCCAAUUUGUCGGAGCACGAGAAGGCAGCUUUCCUCGAUGCUGAGGCCAGACGUGCUAAGCGCAACCACAAGAUCCAUAUGCUGUCUCGCGACAAUGGCUUGAUGACACCCCACGAUAAGAGCUUCAUCACUCGAAUCCAGCUUCAGCAAUUGAUGUCUGCAAUUGGCGAUUCUACAGAGGCUGGAUCCGAUGCUGCCCUGGGCGAGGACUUUUACUAUCAAGUUCACAGCUCCCUCAAGGCUGUCAACCGUCCCAAUCCCAACCAGCCUCUCAGCAACUUUGCCCAGACAUAUUUGUUCCAGACCGGCAAUCGUCAUGGUGGUAUGAGACGUCAUGGUCGUGGCCCAGAGAACCAUGUCCAGCGUAUGGAGCAGCAAGUGCAGCGCGCCGUUGAGGCUGCCAAGAAUAAGCCAAAGAACAAGCAGCUCGUCAUUGAGGGCAGUCUUGGCAAGAUCUCUUUCAGUAACGCAAAGACGCCCAAGCCCCUACUAAAUAUCAAGCGCACUGAGAGUACUGGAGAUGCACGACCUGGAAGUGCUCAGCGUGCUGUCAGUGUCAAUGACCGCAAGGUGGCUCUUCGCGCGAUUGAGAAUGUCUACACCAUUCUCAUGAAGAUGGAGGAUCAUGAAAGAACCAUGCCGCCUCCUUCCCCCAAUCCGAGCCCUGAACUCAUUCAACAGCAAGCUGAAUGGCAGGCUACGGCGGAGAAGCUGAAUGGACAGCUCUGGGAUGCGCUCAAGGUCCAUGAGCAAAUUGACCCUAGACAGGUGCACCCAUUUAUCACCUUCCUGUCGUACCCCAAGGGCAAGAAGGCCAUUCCUCGGGCUUUCCGACAACUUAGCCAUGAGCAGCGGACGACUAUUCUCACCUUGAUCAUUGUUCACCUUGACCAGCUGGAUGUUGUGCAAGGCGCUCAAGUCCAGUCUGGAGAGCCUAUCAACCUUUCCGCCAACAUCCGUGAGAGUAUCGACUUGUUUUCCAUGGCUGUGAUGCCUCAGCUCUUUAAUCUUUUGGCAGAUGCCGAGCUGCAGAUUAUCACUGCUGUCCUCAGUAUCAUCAUUCAGCGCCUCAACAUUGACACAAUUGCUCGGACUCGCGUCGGCAUCUCCAUGCUGACCAUGAUCCUCAGCCGAGCCGAGAUCAUCAAGCAGAGUGGCCAUGCCAAUGAGCAACUGUGGCAGCAAUGGGCUGCUACUUUCAACGGUUUCUUUAACCACCUGGAGCCAACUCUCCCUAGCAUCUUCCCGGGCACCGUCACGUCUGGAGAAGACAUCUACGUCUGGCAGUUCCUGGCUGCCAUUGGUAUUGGUGCCAGUCCCGAAGAGCAGCAGAGACUUGUCCUUGCUGUGAAGGACCGCGUUAUGGAUACCGUGGCCAUGUCCAAGGCAUUGCCAGCUGAUAUGGCCAAGCAGCGCCUUGAUAAUGUCAACCUCUUCAUGCGAUCCAUUGGCUUGGACGUAGAGCUACUCCAGUAG